AUGUCAGCCAUCAACCGGUCAUUGGAGGAGAGCAGACUCGAGAUUAUGAUUCUCGCCAUCGGCGUCCUGUUCCUGGUCUCCAUGCUCGGCCUCGUUGUCUUCAUCAAUCUCCGCUUCAAAUCCUACGACGAACCCAAGCGGCGGCACGAUGACUACGUCUAUGAUGAAAAGCCCCGGUUCAACACCUUCGCGGAGUCGGUCCGCCGUCGCAGCGCCUCGCUCGCCGACAACGGCAAGACAGAGCUCGCCAGUCUGACACGCCGCGCCACGCUGUCCGCUUCGGCCGACACGACAGCCAGCGGUCCAGACGUCAAGCCGCAAUCGGAGCAGAGGCGCUUCAAGCUUGUGCCAUCUACCGACACAAGUAACCAUCACCUAGACCAACGAAGAGACGAAAACUGCGUCGUCUGCAAACGACGCACGCCAUGA